CUCCUAUCUAUCUCCCGCACUCACUUGCAGAAGUGAAGAGUUUUUUGUGAUCCCUUUAUUAGGCACUUGCGCCUUUGCUUGCUGUAUUCUCGGUGUUACUUUACGCGUGGUCAGUCGCAAGAAUGCCACCACGUCCAGAGGGGACGGAUGGGUCGGACUGGAGCUACCGAGAGGUUGUCGCUGACCGCUACAAGCGCAUGGCGGUCAACAUGUCUGCAACUUUCUUCAUGCACCAAGUACAGUCCGCCGUCCUGGUCCUCAAGCUGCUCUGGUACCUCUUCCCCGUGGUAGCGGAGGAGCGGCGUCCUGACCCCUUCUUCUUCGCGCUGCUGGCGUUCCUGGUCGUCGGCAACAUCUGCUUCUAUGCGGGGCGACCCAGGGGUCGGUGUGUGCUGCCGCUGAUGAAGGUGGCGGCGCUGCUGGUGAUGGCCACACUAGGACUGCACUUCGUGUCGCUGUGGAAGUACCACUUGCUGGAGCCCAAGACCAGCCAGUACGGCCGCAGGCUGUACAAGCUGCUCCGAGACCGGGGCACCCUAGAAUCACCCACCUGGCUCACCGUGUUCACGGCAGCCGAGGGUGUGCUGGACGCAGCCCUGGUUGCGGCUGCUGGCACCUGCUUCUUCAUCUUCAACAACUGGGUGCGGGACGCCAUGCAGGCGGCCAAGGAGCGCCAGCAGCGGGGCAAGCAGCAGACGGCAGCGGGGGCGGCGGCGGGAGGAGGAGCUGUGGCGGGCGGCGGCAGGGCUGUGAGGCGGCGGGCGUGAUAGCGGUAGUGGGCGGGGACAGCGGGCGGUGGGUAGUUGUUACCUUGUUAGGGCUGUGACGUGGUGAGGGGCGGGUGGGUGAUGGUGUGCGCGUGUGCAAUGGUUGGGGGAUUAGAUAAACUGAGCCGCGGGAACACUGACCCAAGGGUGGAUGGUACAAUGGCAGCGACUGGUGGAGUGAGUAGGCUAUGUGGUUGGUUGCAUGGCGGUUGCACCAGGUCAUUACCGGAUCCGCAUCUAGGUCGGGGUUUCCUGGAUUUCCAUUGCGACGUACGGCUUGUUUGCACCGUUGUACGGCGUGUACGAGCCUGGCAACAAUGUAAAUAUACGGC